AUGGGAAUUUCUCAGUAUUCUCUUCUUGAGGUACCCCUUGAUGAAUUGAAGAGCAAUAGUAUUAUCCAAGGAAAUGAGGAUCAACAUGGCAAUUCAAAUAUUAUUGGGUCCUCGUCCUUGUGGAACCAACGUUUGAAACGACGUGUCGUCUCAAGGAGUAGCGUACACAUGACCCCGCGCAGUAAAAGGCCUAAGAGGAUUGUGAUGAAGAGGAGACGUCUAGGAGCUUCUAGAAGGCGAGCAAAUGGGGUAGUGAGAAGGGUCAGAACUCUGAAGAGGCUCAUUCCCAACAGCGAGUCCGUUGGGACUUUGGAUGGACUUUUCAGAGAGACGGCUGACUAUAUUUUGUGUCUGCAAAUGAGAGUAAGAGUCAUGCAAAUUGUGGUUAAGGUAUUAUCAGGUUCUGAUGAGGACUAG